UGAGUGAGGGGGUGGCGGGCCUGUGUGCUAGAAAAAGGACAGAUUGGAGGAUUGAGGCCAGCCCCCACCCAGCCCAGCAGUUACUGCAAUGGUCCAGGGGUGAGGUGAUGAGGACCUGCACGGGGUGGGGGCAUAUCGGAGAGAUCACCUUCUAUGAGGACCGUCAUUUCCAGGGCCGCUGCUAUGAAUGCAGCGGUGACUGUGCCGACCUGCAGGCUUACUUCAGCCGCUGCAACUCAGUGCGGGUGGACAGCGGCUCCUGGGUCCUGUAUGAGCAGCCCAGCUACAAAGGGUGCCAGUACUUUCUGCGGCGUGGCGAGUACUCAGACUACCGCCAGUGGAUGGGCACAAGCGACUCCAUCCGCUCCUGCCGUCUGGUGCCCAGGCACGAAGGCUCUUACCGCAUGAGGAUUUAUGAGAGGGAGAACUGUGCAGGGCAGAUGAUGGAGUUCACCGAGGACUGUCCGUCUGUCCAUGACCACUUCCACCAGAGGGACGUCCUGUCCUGUAACGUCCUGGACGGUUACUGGGUCCUCUAUGAGCAGCCCAACUACCAGGGCCGCCAGUACUUCCUGCGGCCUGGUGAGUACCGGCGGCACAGCGAGUGGGGGGCUGGCACCGCGGUGCUGGGCUCCUUCCGGCGGGCCGUGGACAGCAGUUAG